CUUUUCUUGGUAUAGGCUAAAUUAUUCAAAAUGAGGACGGUGUUUAUGGUGGCUGAGAAGCCUUCUCUGGCCCAGUCGCUGGCGAAAAUUCUUUCAAAUGGGCAAAUGACUUCUCGAAAAGGAAUGAACGGUGCAUGCUCUGUACACGAAUACACCGGCCGUUUCAACAGCGAAGGCGUUCGAUUCAAAAUGACAUCAGUCUGUGGGCACGUUAUGGGAGUGGAUUUCCUUGGAAAAUACAACAACUGGGACAAAGUUGAUCCUGUAGAACUUUUCACAGCUCCAAUUCAGAAGAAAGAGGCAAAUGAAAAACUAAGGAUGCCUGCUUUUCUUGCCAAAGAGGCUUCAGGAGCAGAUUACCUAGUUUUAUGGCUAGAUUGUGACAAGGAAGGAGAGAAUAUAUGCUUUGAAGUUAUUGAUGCUGUGCAGAAUGUCAUGAACAGAGUCACUGGAAAGCAAGUUUACCGUGCCAAGUUCAGUGCAAUUACAGAGUCUGAAAUAAAGGCAGCGAUGCAGAACCUUGGAACACCAAACAAGAAUGAGGCAUUGUCAGUGGAUGCUCGACAAGAACUUGAUUUGCGCAUAGGGUGUGCCUUUACACGCUACCAGACCAAGUUUUUUCAGGGUAAAUAUGGUGACUUAGAUAGCACGCUGAUCUCCUAUGGUCCUUGUCAGACUCCAACUCUGGGUUUCUGUGUGGAACGCCAUGACAAGAUCCAGUCAUUCAAACCUGAACCAUAUUGGGUCAUUAACACCCAGGUCCAUCUGCCUGAUGGCAAAAGCUUGAAACUUGACUGGGAAAGAGUGCGUGUGUUUGACAAGGAGGUGGCUCAGAUGUUCGUCAAUCUCAUUAAAUCUGGCGACAAGGCAUGUGUCUUGGAGACUGUACAGAAGAAAGGAGAAAAAGCAAAGCCUCUUGCACUAAACACUGUAGAGAUGCUUAGAGUUGGAAGUGCAGGAUUGGGGAUGAGUCCUCACCAUACAAUGCAGAUAGCAGAAAAACUCUAUACCCAAGGUUACAUCAGCUACCCUAGAACAGAGACCAAUUCUUAUCCAGACAGUUUUGACUUAAGAGGAACGCUGAAGCAGCAGGCAGAUCAUCCUGACUGGGGGCCUUAUGUCCAGCGCCUUUUACAGACUGGCAUCCAAAAACCUAAGAAAGGACAGGAUGCUGGUGACCACCCACCUAUUACCCCUAUGCGCUGCGCUCGGGAGACAGAGUUUGAUCACGACAGCUGGCGCCUGUACGACUACAUAACACGUCACUUUAUAGCAACACUCAGUCCCAACUGUCAGUAUCUGCAGACAACAAUAUAUUUUGAGAUUGGCCCUGAGAAGUUUUCCUGCACAGGCAAAGUUUUGCAAGAGGCAGGGUUUACAGAGAUCAUGCCCUGGCUUGCACUGGGAGCUGAUGAAGAAAUUCCACUCUUGAAACAAAACACGCUCCUCAGUGUGGAGGAGGUCAGGUUAGUUGAAAAACAGACUUCACCUCCAGAUUAUCUGACAGAGAGUGAGUUGAUUUCAUUGAUGGAGAAGCAUGGAAUCGGCACAGAUGCUAGCAUUCCUGUACACAUCAACAACAUCUGUGAACGAAACUAUGUCAGCAUCAUAAGUGGGAGGCGUCUUCAGCCAACUCCUUUAGGCAUUGUCUUGGUACAUGGUUAUCAAAAGAUUGAUGCAGAUUUGGCCCUUCCCACCAUGCGAUCUGCUGUUGAACAGCAGCUGAACCUGAUUGCCCAAGGCCGUGCCAACUUUCAUGAAGUGAAGCAGCACACUCUGGACAUUUUCCACCUCAAGUUUCGCUAUUUUGUGCAGCACAUUAAUGCAAUGGAUGAACUGUUUGAAGUUACCUUCUCAUCCCUUGCUAGCAGUGGUCGACCAAUAUCACGGUGUGGUAAGUGUCGACGUUACAUGAAGCUUGUCGAGGCCAAACCUGCUCGCCUGUAUUGUUCCACCUGUGAUACAACAUACAGUCUGCCACAGAAUGGCAACAUCAAGCUCUAUAAAGAACUACGCUGUCCACUCGAUGAAUUUGAACUCUUACUCUGGACAACAGGUGCCAAAGGCAAGUCUUACCCACUGUGCCCCUACUGCUACAGCAAUCCUCCCUUCAAAGAGAUGAGGAAGGGAAUGGGGUGCAAUGAGUGCACACAUCCUACCUGUCCUCACGCAUACUCACAGAAUGGUGUGUCAGAAUGUGUAGAGUGCGACAGGGGCAUUCUUGUUCUUGACCAGACGUCAGCUCCAAAGUGGAAAAUGGCAUGUAAUAAGUGCAAUGUUGUGAUUCAUUUCUUUGAGAAUGCCCUGAAAGUCACGGUGAGAGAGGAGGCGUGUGAUGAGUGUGGUGCCAGUCAAGUAGAGGUUGGCUUCAAGCAAGGAAAGUCACCAUUACCAGAUGAGAAAGAAGAGCACACUGGCUGCUGUUUCUGUGAUCCAGUGUUUAAACCGCUGAUGGAGAAACACCAUGCAAUCAACCGUCUACCUCAGAGAGGGCGGGGCAGGGGAGGGAAGAAUAGAGGAGGAGGGCGUGGUCGACCUCGUGGUCGGGGAAGAGCUAAGCCCAAAGACAAGAUGGCCCAGCUAGCAGCAUACUUUGUCUAAACUGUUGCUUCAGGUGUUCUCGCACUUCGUUUUCAUAAGAGAGAACAAACAGCUUGUCACUGCCAUUUUUCUGAGUAGUAUAUUGUUGAAAGUUGUGCAUGUUGAUGGCAGAUUAUGAUGCAUUGCUGUAAGAGUAAAAAUGAAUUUUUUUCCACGUGUUCAUGGUACUUCAGGACAAUAGCACUGUCAUGCAAGACAUCCACCUUUUAUCAGCUGAUGAGAUAGAACUAGUUUGUCAAAACAUAUGCUUGGAAGUUUUUUUUAAAGAUGUAUACGUAGUUCAUGAAGUUUUUUUUAAGGUUCAUUGAAAAGUAUAUUUGCAUUUAUGUGAUUGUGUGUGUGUGUGAGAGAGAGAGAAAAAGAUGUUUUUGUUGCCUGCAUCCACUCAUUUAAAUGUUUCUUCGUAAAAGAAUGUAUACCCACCUCAUUCUUCCUCGCUCCAUCAGAAUGGAAGGAUCUUUCCCACCUCCAUUUUUAUGAGCCAAGUACAUUACUUAAAACCCUGUACAUUUUAAAAAACCUAUAAAAUAUUUAUUUGAUGGCAGGUCACAGGUGCAUACAUUUCUAUUCAAGCCAUUAAACAGCAAAAUUAUAAGAAUUUUCCAGCAUUUAAAUUGAAAGAAACUGUAUUAAUAAAUCACUAAGGAGAACAAAGGAAACAUAUUUUUGAGAUGUAAACAGGCUACUACUCUUCUGAUCACAGCCUGCAAAACGGCAAGCACAAUUUAAAUAUAACUCACGAGAGUUAGAAUGUCAUUUAUGAUCACAAAUGUUUCUUCCCAUUGAGUUUUUUGUUUCGUUUUGUUUAUCUGCAUUGAUGUAAGCAUCAAACUUUAUACUCAUGCUGACUACAAUCGAGAAAUCUGUCUUUGUCCUAUAAAAUGGUUUUAACGGUUUUGCACAGUAGAAUAUGCUAUUUUUCUAUCUACGCUAUGGUCACAAAUUAUGCAUGAAACACAAUAUGUGAGCAAGUAGAAGUAGGAAAUAAAAUCUUUUAUACCUGA